GAAACCUAAAUUAUCGUGCGGAGGUUUUAUUUUGCAUUUAUUAACUCGAUUUCUCGCACCACAAAAAUGGUAUCAGUGCUAAACACCAUCGAUACCGGACACGAGGACAUGAUCCACUGUGCGGACGUGGAUUACUACGGCCUGCGGCUCGCCACCUGUUCGUCGGAUAACUCGGUGAAAAUCUUCGACAUCAAAAACGGUGCCCAAACACUUGCCGCUGAUCUGAAGGGCCACGGUGGGCCAGUUUGGCAGGUGGCCUGGGGCCAUCCCCGUUAUGGAAACGUACUGGCGUCCUGCUCCUACGAUCGCAAAGUGAUAGUGUGGAAGGAAGCCGGGCCGGGCGACUGGACGAAGUGGUACGAGUACAGCAAUCACGAUUCCUCCGUCAACUCGGUUGCGUGGGCUCCGGCCGAGUACGGGCUGGUGCUGGCCUGUGGUAGCUCCGACGGGUCCAUCUCGAUCUUGACGGCCAACGUGGAAUCCGGCACGUGGGAUUGCAAGAAGAUCCCGAACGCGCACACCAUCGGCUGCAAUACGGUCAGCUGGUGCCCGGCAACCGUUCCGGAACCGGCGUUCGAUCAGCGCCCGAACAAAACGAACCUAGCCGUCAAGCGGCUCGUUUCGGGUGGCUGCGAUAAUGCGGUGAAGAUCUGGAAGGAAGAAGGUGACCGGUGGGAGGAGGAAAAGCGACUAGAGUUGCACUCGGACUGGGUGCGGGACGUGGCGUGGGCUCCAAGUGUCGGCAUGCCGCGACAUCAGAUUGCAAGCUGCUCCCAGGACCGCCGGGUGGUGAUUUGGACGAGCGACGAUCUAGUAAGCUGGCAGCCGACGGUAUUGAACAACUUUGACGACGUCGUAUGGAAUGUCAGCUGGUCGCUCACCGGUAACAUUCUCGGUGUGUCCGGUGGGGACAACAAGGUGAGCCUGUGGAAGGAAACCAAUGAGGCGCAAUGGACAUGUAUCAGCGAAGACACGAACAGUGCAUCUGCGACGGGUGGGGCGGCACCGGUUCAAAACAAUUUCAUACCGGAACAGAGGACACUUUAGAUGAGCUUGGUUUGGACUCGAAAUUUAUAGGUAAACUAAAACGAAUCGGUUGCAUUGUAUUCCAUUAUAUAUUCAAUAAAAUACUUUUAAAAUAUAACUUCUCACACAUUU